UUUUUUUAAGCUCUAAUGGUAGUGUUUGUGGAAUGAUAUGGUUUUUUUUUUCUUUUUCUUUCUAUACAAACGAUACUAAGAAGGGGGAUUGAAUCUAAGACUUCGAGUACAAGAAUGCUCUUAACCAUUUGAAUUAUAAACCCCUUGCGUGAAAUAAGAUGAAUUAAAGGCCGAUAUUUGAGAUUUACUCGUUAAAUACACACCUCUAGUAACUUCUAAUAAAUCUUUUUUUUCUGGAUUUCUGGGUUUCUGGGUUUUGUUACCGUCUUCUGGAAGCCCAAAUAUAAAGAUGAAAAGAACCUUUCAUAGAGAUGAGACAAUUCCACUUGUUGGAAUCAUUUAAAGCUAACAAGCAAUGGAAUAUUACCACGAAGCUUCAUGCCAAGUUCCUCGACCAUUCUCAGCCGCAUUACACAAGAUAAUUUAUUUUAGCACUCAUUUCUGUAAACACCCGUACAAGCCAAGUACAAACCGACGCAACUUCUAAUAUUCCAAGUCUACCUUAUUUAUAUAAGACCAUGCCAACCCCUCUAAUCACUUAUAACCUCAACCUAGCUACUAUUUUCAUACAACAUUCACUCAUUCUUUCAUUUAUUUGUUCCUUCAUUCUACAACUCUUCUUUUGGAAUGACAACAGUGGUCUACAUGUGUCCUCUAAGCACCAACGACUUGCUUCGAAUUUUCGAGAUGCUCGACAGGAAUGGUGACGGGCAAGUGAGUCUCGAGGAGCUCAGCUGGCUCCUCGAGAGGAUUGGCGUGCAGUUCAGCCUGAACGAGCUCGAGUCCUCGGUGGGGAAACCGAGCCUCGACUUCAAUGAAUUCUUGUUCUUCUACAAGUCCAUAUCCAUGCAGCAAAAUUACAAGAGUGACGACGAUCGCCAUGAAGAUGGUAACAUUCAUGAGGAGGUUGUCCCUGAUGAAGAUGAGAGUGACCUUGUGAAGGCAUUCAAUGUGUUUGAUUUGAAUGGCGAUGGCUUCAUUUCCUGUGAGGAGCUGGGGAGCGUGCUGAGGAGAUUAGGAGUUUUGGAGGAGAAUAGCAGCCGUGACUGCAAGACCAUGAUUCACGUGUACGACACCAACUUGGAUGGCCUGCUUGAUUUUCAGGAAUUCAAAAACAUGAUGUUUCAAAAUACCAUCUCUUAAUUAAUUAUUGCACAAUUAUUUCAAAUUUGCAUGCAAGCAUUUGCAACUUCAAUACUUUUGUGUAGAAUAUAUUUUUGUGUAAUGAUAAAUGUUAGUGUCCUGGAUAUGAGAGGUAACAUAUAUUAUUUAUAUCGGUUUAUAUUAUCCAACCGGAGAUUUGAACUAUCAAUCAGACUGCUUCUUGAUUAA